CUUCCAAUCUACUGUGAAUCAUACCAUACGUAUCUAUGUCAGAAAAAAAAACAGCAUGGAAAAUAAACUAUCUUGGCCGACAAGGCAUUUUUUGGUUUGUUGUCUAUUUAAUAAGUUAUGAAUAUAUAUAAACAUAACUAAAACACACUGUUUUAAUAAAUGAACAAAAAAAAACUCCAAGAGAAAAUACUAUUGAAAGAAUAUUGAGGAUUUUAAGUAGAUUAAUGUUGCUUUUUUCAUUUGACACUACGAUAACAUAUUUUGAAAAAAAAAUGGAUAUAUUGCAAAAAGGACAAAAAAGUGUUGUCUAUGUAUCGGUUGAAAAGAAUAAACCUGUUGUGAAAUUGUGUAAAACAGAAUCCCCAGAAGAAGAUGAUGUAAAAGCGUUCUUGGACUGGAAAUGCUGGCUAUUGAAGUGUCUCCUGACAUGUAUAUUUGUGGGAGUUGCAGCUUUUCUGUUUGUGUUUCUGGCUCACAACAUGCAUGAUUCAGAAAGUAAAAUAGAAAUAGAAAAUGCUGCACAACAAAGUAGCACAGCUGAUGCAAUGGAAAGUCCACAAACUGAUAGGCUGAUUACUAAAGUACUGACAGUGGAAAAUGGGGGUUCGUAUGGACUAUUGUUGCAACCCCAAUACUGUCCGAUAGGAACAUUUGCAAUUGGAUUUAAUACGAAGUACCAAGGCAAUGAAGGAAUCGACGGCGAUGAUACGGCACUGAAUGGCAUAAGUCUUCUGUGUGCUGAUAAGAAUGGUAUUCGGAAAAACAAGGACAGGCUUGUACAGUCUGAAGCAGAUCCGUUGACUGGGGAUAUUUUCUGUCCAAAGAGAAAAGAUGCUCCUCUUUUCUUGCAGAGAUUUGUGCUUAAGGUGCAUAGAAAGGAACAAAAUGCAAAUGACGCCAUGGCAACAGAAAUCCAAUUUUCAUGUCGUGAUUCACAGUGGUUCCAUCAUCCUCAUAAAUUAGGAGGUCAUAUUGCCGGAGCCAAAAAUGGUGAAUAUGGACAAUGGAGUAAAAAGUGUCCGAAAGGCUCGGCAGUAUGUGGUAUCCAAACUCGAAUUGACGGUCAUCUACCAAAGGGCAAUAGCACUGCUCUAAACGACGUUCGUCUUUUCUGUUGUGACUCUAAAAGUUAAAGUGAAAGUACCAUGUUUUAUAUUUCGUACAAAGUAUAUACAUGUGCAUGCUUUUAACAGAAGAUAGAUGGACUGUGUGAUUUGUAUGCAGCAUUAUCUUUAUUCAGAUUCUUAUGUAUUCAUGAGUGCAAUUCUUUCCUUAUCAUGAAUUCAACAUUUACGAAAGCAAUAAGUAACAGUUACCUUCGCAUCACUUUACUAAACUGUGCCCGUCCAAAGUGUUUAUUUACGCAUUGUAUCCUUCCUGAUGUAUUUAUUUAAUGUUUGUUCCGAAAUGAUUACAAAUGUUGGAUGGCAGAGAAAAAGUUUUUAUGAAUAUUUCUUUUAUAUAACUUAAUGCUUAUAGUAUAAUGCGUAUAGUUUAUUGGUAAAAUCAAAUCUUGUCAUAAUCACAGAAAAGCAAUUUCAUUAUUUUUGAAUAAAUAUGUUUUUGUAUGUGUUUUAUAGGAUUAGGUAAAGGUUGGUCUAAAGGGUGAGUAAGACCUUUUUAUAAAUGCACAAGUGUACACAAUUGAUGGAAGCAAAUUAUUGUAACAGAACGACUCGUUACAUUAUUUUAAAACAUUUUGUAACAGACGCCAAUAGAUUGUUCCAAAUCUUGAACAUGUAUAUUAUUUUAUGGGACAGACUUUCCUUUUUUGCACAUCUUAAUUGUCGUGAAUUAAUCUUUGUGAUGCAUGGUAUCUUUUUUAAAACAUAGUUGUUGUUAUACUUAGACUUCUAUAAUUUGAGACGUGUUUUUCGAAGAAAUAAUUAUCGAUUGACUGUAUGAUUGUGUAGAUGUGUGAAUGUACAUGGACUUUAAUUGAAGGCCAUACUGGAUAAAAGUUGUAUACUAUUUGUAUUUGUACACUUAAAAGUACCGCACAGUAUUAUGGCGUUUUUAUUUUUAGGCACAUGUAAAUAAACAGUAAGUACUUAGCAAUCUCUUUUAAAAGGAAAGAUAUUGAAAGGAGGCUUGGUGGCGCAGUAGAUUGAGUGGAUAGACAUGUAAUCAUUUUGUAGUGAUAGUCUUAAUGGUUCGAACCUUCCGUCCGUCAUUUUUUUUAUUUUGUAUUUAAUUUAUGUACUUUGUGUAAGUUUGUUUUUCUGUGAUUUCUACUUUAUUCACGAAAGCCUUAAAACAUUAGAUCAUAUUAAAGAAGAAGCAUAUAUAUAAACAUGAAUACGUGUUGACAAUGACAUAUAUAAGUUAGUGAACAAGUAAUAGAUCAACAAAUUUUUGCUGUUUUCUUUGAAUCGUAUUGAAAAAAGAAAAAGAAAUUUAAUACAGUUUUCAAAAUACUUUUAAGGGUCCGGGAAUCGAUCCCCCGACGAAAAAGUAUAAGACGGAUACGAAUACCGCUCGGCAAACGAGGAUUUACUAUUCGCAGCGUAAACGUUGUAUAUUGAAUUAAAUUUAUGUUAUUGUUAUGUUUGUUUACAUUUCAAAACGCUUUAUUACUGUGCGAUACCUGUAGUAUGUAACCUUCAGAAAAUAAAGUUAUUAUCAUUAUUGUUA